GGAAUGAACUUCCUUUAUCCCCAAGGCAUAGACUUUACCAACUUUAAAGUAAAGAAUGUGGUAUAUUGGAGGAUUCUUACAAAUCGUGUAUGGAAAGUGUUCUGUCUAUUUGCAUUCUGCUUUGGCAUCUUUGUUUGGAUCAAUCUAAGGUGGAGUAGUUGGUACGGAACAGAACUAGAACCAAGAUGUCAAGUGCCUGAAGAAGAGUUGGAAGAUAUGAGAAUGAUUGGACGUGAGACUAAAGAUAUUCUUGAUAAGCAUAAUAUGACGUAUGUGUUAGGAUUUGGAUCAUUAUGGGGGGCUCUCAGAAUUGGAGAUAUCCUACCUUGGGAUAUUGAUAUUGAUAUUCUUGUGAUAUUGGAUAGACAUUCAGAUAUUAGAGGAACAAUUGAUGGUUUAAUAGUUGAGAUGAAAGAACAGGGUAUGGAUGUUUAUUACCGUGACUGGGUUGGUAUUAUUCAGGGUUACUCCCCUGUCUACAAAUCACAGCUUGACGUGUCAUUUUGGUGUGACUACUAUGGCAUGGGAAUAAUGCACAGAUGUUCGGGGUGGGAGUCUUGGUUUUUCUUUAUUCACCACAGAUACAAUUUUGCCUUUCCAGCAAGACUUGUAAAAACACCUCUUCCCACCCUUAAUUUCGUAAAAAGAAAUUGGACUGUUCCCAGAGAAGGAAUAGAACUGCAGAAAUACCACUAUCCAAAAGAUUGGUGGAAAGUGGCUAAACCAAGGGGAUGUUAGGACCAAAUUUAGCGAUUUAUUUGUUAUGUGACCCGGAGUUCCAUUUAGUUCUACAAAUAUAUUUGUAUAAUUUUUGUGUUUUGUAUUGGCCCUCCCAUGAUAGGCAUACUUUUUAGUGUUGUAUAUCGUAUCCAGUAGUUUUUGCAAUAUCUUAGCUUGAGUUAGCUCUACCAACAUUGUUAGACCGAUGUUCUGAUUUGAUAUUGCAAUCUGCAUGCUACCAGCUGGGAUUGGGAUUUUAUUAUAAAUCAGCUGAGCUGAUUUAUAAUGAAAUCCCAAUUUACCGUGCCCCGAUAUAUCAUGAACUCGGAAUUACCAGGAAGUUAUACUAGUUUAAAUCAUAACUCCGGAUUUUUAAUUUUUCGAAGAAGUUUGGCUGUACAAUUCUGGUAAAUCGGGGUAUCACUGUAUUAAAACAAUCAUUGUCGCCGACUAGAUUACUUAUUUAACUUUAUUCAAGAAAGUUGCUUGUAAACUUAUAUUUGUUGUCUUGGGUAUUUAAUAUAUAUAUACAUUUCUGUUUUGUAUUAGAUUAUUAAACCGAUCGAGAUAUAUAUUAUAUAAUAUACUCAUUGUUUAUCAAGUCAUGACUGUUUUAAUUUGAUAUCAAUGUAGUAAUAUGUACAUUGUGUACUUGAGUGUAGAUUCAAAAUGGGUUGAUUAGAUAUAUAUAUAUAUCCAAUAUCCAUGGCCAUGUAUGUUGUGCAGAAAGUAAAUUUAUCAACUCAACGUCUAUGGUGACGACUAUUUACCAAGAAACUAUCACAACCCUUAUCAUAGACAGAAUUCUAACCCAAACACGUAUCUUAGUUUCCUGGCGAUCAAUAUUUAUAAAUAAGUAAUAAAUAGAUUAUAGAAUCCACUUAACAUCAAUUAUAUAAACUUUUAGUUUCGCUACAUGAGUUUAUCAUAGUUAUAAGAGUUAAUAUUAUCAUUUAAAGUGUAAGUUGACAUUCUGUUUAAAGUUUUAUAAAUAAAUAUACUUUAACGAGAUUUCUUAGCGUUAUCAAUUUACAGUAAGGGGACACAGCAGUUCUAAGACCGAUUAGUGCAUUUUUGUUUGAUAAGUAGUUCUAGUCACUGCUUAUCAGCUUUACUAAAGUGUUUAGUUUGUUUCAUACUAUACUAUAAUUUUCCGAGUGGAGUUGUACCGUUGCUACGAAUUUUGACUGAUUAAAUGUUGCCUUUGUUACAAUUUUUACGUUUGAGUUAAUAAACUAUGAUGAUUAUUAUAUAUGAAUUUUACUUGAUAGAGUGCUUAACUUAAUGUUAAAUGUUUUUACAGGCUCUAAUGAGUAAUGAUGUAGUUUUACGAAGAUUUCAAGCCUUA